UGUGGUAGGAUCUGUCGCCGCGGGUGCACAGGCCGGGAUGGGGAACGUCGUAGCUGGCAGUUACUUUGCGAUCGCGCAGAGUGCGGCCAUGGGAGGAAGUGCUGCUUGGGUGGUGAACGGGGCUGUCGGAGCGGCUGGUAGUGUUGCUGCGGCACUCUCGUAUGGGACGGAGUGUGAGGCGAACUUCGAACCGACGGAGGAGAAGGAGAAAGAGAAGGAGAAGGAGAAAGAGAAGGAGAAGGAGAAGGAGUAGGGGUAGGAUCCAAGGCCGACACUAGGCUGAUGAGAGAAAAGAGUUGAAGCGAGACAGUCUACUUGUCUGAGAAGAUCAGUACAUCUUCGUUCAUACUAGGCGCCUCGCCUCGAUCAUCGGAAACGGUACAAGUAUCGAUGGCGUACUCCCAACGUAGUAUAGCCAAGAAUGGCAGAACAU